CGCUCUGCGAGAGGGCGGGGGAGGGAUCGCGAGGGGAGCGUCGUUUUCCUCCGUUCUGGCACCCUGGGACGCCGUCGGGCCUCGCCGCAUGAGGGCACCGGCCGGGAGUUAGGAGCGGGACAAUCCUCCUCCGUACAUCCGCCCCGUCCAUCCGAGGCGAGAGAGCUUUCAGCGGACAGUGGGGUAAUCGCUUCCCCUUGCCCGGCGCGCAGCCGCUGUCCCCUUUCAGCGGGAGCUGGGAUCCCUUCACCGUCUCUCUUGAGGCUGUGCCCUCUGCCCUGCCCGCUGCCGCCAAGCCGUCUGUCCCGAGGAGGGAGCCUGACACUUGUUGCUGUCGCGAUGGUCACCGGUCCGGCCGCGUAGACAGGGACCGCCAAACCCACCGCGGGAGAAGAUCGCUGCGGCUGGUGUCGAGGGCCUGACCCCCCUGGGGGCUCCCGGGUGAUCUCGGAGUGUUGGUUCCUCUCAGCGCCCGGCGGUGACGGCGUGAGGACUUCCCUCAGCCCUCGAGGGGAUCGCGCCCACAGGACCGCCCGCCCCGGAUGGUUACGGCGGGCUGAGAGAGCAUCGUCGGACGCCGCCCGUCCCAUCCCUCCUCCUGGUCGCCUGUAGGCUGGUAUCCCUCGGCAUAAAGAAAAAUGUCCUUCUUCAACUUUCGUAAGAUCUUCAAGCUGGGUGGUGAGAAGAAGAAGAAACAAUACGAGCACGUCAAGAGGGAUUUGAACCCUGAGGAGUUCUGGGAAAUUAUAGGAGAGCUGGGAGAUGGUGCUUUCGGUAAAGUGUUCAAGGCUCAGAACAAAGAAACAAAAGUACUGGCUGCUGCAAAGGUGAUUGAUACUAAAUCAGAAGAAGAACUUGAGGAUUACAUGGUUGAGAUUGAUAUUUUAGCAUCCUGUGAUCAUCCUAAUAUCGUUAAACUACUAGAUGCCUUCUACUAUGAAAAUAAUCUGUGGAUCCUGAUUGAAUUCUGUGCAGGUGGAGCAGUAGAUGCAGUAAUGCUGGAGCUUGAAAGGCCAUUAACAGAGCCACAGAUCAAAGUGGUGUGCAGGCAGACACUGGAAGCAUUGAACUACUUGCAUGAAAAUAAGAUCAUUCACAGAGAUCUAAAAGCUGGCAAUAUUCUUUUCACGUUAGAUGGAGACAUUAAACUAGCGGAUUUUGGAGUAUCAGCCAAAAACACGAGAACAAUACAAAGAAGAGAUUCUUUUAUUGGUACACCAUACUGGAUGGCUCCAGAAGUAGUAAUGUGUGAGACCUCUAAAGACAGGCCUUACGAUUACAAGGCAGAUAUUUGGUCACUUGGCAUUACUUUAAUAGAAAUGGCUCAAAUAGAGCCACCUCAUCAUGAGUUAAAUCCAAUGCGAGUGCUUCUGAAAAUAGCAAAAUCUGAUCCACCUACAUUAGCACAGCCUUCAAAGUGGUCAGCAGAUUUUAAAGAUUUUCUGAAGAGAUGUUUGGAAAAAAAUGUGGAUGCAAGGUGGAGUGCAACUCAGCUUCUACAGCAUCCAUUUGUUACUGUUACUUCAAAUAAACCGAUAAGAGAACUGAUUGCAGAAGCUAAGGCUGAAGUUACAGAAGAAGUUGAAGAUGGUAAAGAUGAGGAUGAAGAAGAGGAAACAGAUAACUCCCUGCAGCUACCUGCUGAGAAGCGUGCAUCUUCUGACCUUAGUAUUGCCAGCUCUGAAGAGGACAAACUUUCACAGAAUGCCUCUGUUCUGGAAUCUCUCUCUGAGAAAACAGAAAGUAAUGCAAUUGAGGACAAAGCCAGCACUGUAUUUCCAGAUGACAAAACAACUGGAGAUGAAUCCGAGGACGUUAAAUUUAAGAAACCAGCUGAUGCCAUAUGUGAUAGUGCUGUUGGUGGUAUAAAAGUGCAGAAUGGUUCUGUGCCAACUGGUGAAAAUGAGCGUGGCAAAAACGUUCCAGCUGAAAAGGAUACAGAAAGCACGGAAGAACAGCAUGAAGAUACAGAACCCCAGAAAGAAGGGAAGGAAACCCUGGUAGCAAAACCAGAAAUACAGGAUGAACCCAAGCUAAAUAUAGCAAAAGAAAAUGACAUGAGAAAUGAAGAGGCAGAAGAUAAUAAACUGAAAAUAGUACCUACAACUGAAAAUAGUGUAGCAACUGAAACAAUUUCUAAGGAAACUGGUGAAAAAGAAGAGAACAGAAUAGAGCUCUCAGAAAACAAGGAAGAAAAGGCCCCUGCAGAAAAUACUACAGAGCAAAAGGAAGAUAAAGGUGAAGCUCAGGAAGAGCUGAUAGCAGACACAACUACAGAAAAUCUACCUAAUGCUGCAGAUAAAAUGGCUGAUGAAGAAAAGGAACUAAUAAAACAUGGAAUUGACAACAUUAAGGAGAUAGGUGAUGUUGCUGAAACACGGAUCAGUGAUGGGGAUAAAAUACCUGAGACUGUGGAUAAGCCAGUGGAAAGUCAGGUUAAGCAGGUCCAUGAGAUAAUCAGCUCUGAAGAAACUCUGUCGGAAAGCCUUGAUAAAGCAAGCAAGGCAGACGAGAAAUGGGCAGAAAGUGAAAAUGAGGAUAUUAGUAAUAUAAGCAGAAUGGAGGAAAAAGAGAUGAAAGACUCCUGCAAAGAUGAGGUAGACCAGGAGGCAACACAGAGGAAGCCUGAGGAUAUUUCUAAUGACGUGGUGGAUAAACUGGCUGAUACGCACCAAGGUUCAGAAGAGCACGGACCUGAGAAUAUCCAGGAGAACAACAUUCAGCUGGGCAAGGAACAUUUGGAAAUUACUUCUGAUGACAUUACAAAACAUAAGCUGCAAGACACUGUCAAUGAACAAGCUGAUGACUCUGACGUCACACCAGUCCCCAGUAUUAGCAUUAACGCUGAAGAAACUCAGGAGAAGGUCAAAACAGAGAAUCGAGACAACACCGAAGCUUUACAGCAGCUAGAAUCAGAAAGUGUAAAGGAAAACGAUGCCGAUUCAGGCACUGGUUCUACAGCUGAUAACAGCAGCAUUGAUUUGAACUUGUCAAUUUCCAGUUUCCUUAGUAAAAACAAAGAGACAGGAUCAAUAUCUUUACAGGAAACAAGAAGACAGAAGAAAACUUUAAAGAAGACUCGGAAGUUUGUUGUUGAUGGAGUAGAAGUGAGUGUAACCACAUCAAAAAUAGUGACUGAGAAUGACUCCAAAAGCGAAGAAAUGCGGUUCCUACGACGUCAAGAGCUAAGAGAGCUGAGACUUCUUCAGAAGGAAGAGCAGAGAGCCCAACAGCAACUCAGUAAUAAGCUAUUACAACAGCGAGAGCAGAUAUACAGACGUUUUGAACAGGAAAUGACAAGUAAAAAACGGCAGUAUGAUCAAGAAAUAGAAAAUCUGGAAAAGCAGCAGAAGCAGACAAUAGAGCGCUUGGAACAGGAACACACAAACCGGUUACGAGACGAAGCAAAACGCAUCAAAGCAGAACAGGAGAAGGAGUUGUCCAAAUUCCAGAACAUGCUGAAGAACAAGAAAAAAGAGGUUUUAUGUGAAGUGGAGAAAGCACCAAAAGAGCUGAGAAAAGAGCUCAUGAAACGCAAGAAAGAGGAGCUUGCACAAAGCCAGCAUGCUCAGGAGCAGGAAUUUGUGCAGAAGCAGCAGCAAGAACUGGAUGCAUCUCUGAAGAAGAUUAUUCAGCAGCAGAAGACAGAACUAGCCACUAUCGAGCGAGAUUGCCUCAACAACAAACAGCAGCUCAUGAGAGCUCGUGAAGCUGCGAUCUGGGAGCUGGAAGAGCGACACCUGCAAGAGAAGCACCAGCUCCUCAAGCAGCAGCUCAAAGAUCAGUACUUCAUGCAGAGACAUCAGCUGCUUAAGAGGCAUGAAAAAGAGACAGAACAGAUGCAGAGAUACAAUCAGCGCCUUAUCGAGGAGCUGAAGAACAAGCACACGCAGGAAAGAGCCAGGCUGCCCAAGAUCCAGCGCAGCGAGGCCAAGACUCGGAUGGCUAUGUUCAAGAAGAGUUUAAGAAUCAAUUCCUUAGCCUCUCCAGAUCAGGACCGUGAGAAAAUCAAGCAGUUUGCUAUUCAAGAAGAAAAGAGGCAGAAAAACGAGAGACUGGCUCAGCAUCAGAAACACGAAAACCAAAUGCGAGACCUCCAGCUGCAGUGUGAAGCAAACAUCAGAGAACUACAUCAGCUACAGAAUGAAAAAUGCCAUCUACUGGUUGAGCACGAGACUCAGAAGCUAAAAGAGCUGGAUGAAGAGCACAGCCAAGAACUGAAGGAAUGGAGAGAGAAACUGAGACCAAGAAAAAAGACGCUGGAGGAAGAAUUUGCCAGGAAAUUGCAGGAGCAAGAGGUUUUCUUUAAAAUGACUGGAGAAUCCGAAUGCCUUAACCCUUCCACACAGAGCCGGAUUUCCAAAUUCUAUCCCAUCCCCAGCCUUCACUCCACUGGCUCAUAACUCUGGGAACUGCUGUAGGUUUGGUUUGGUUUAUUUUUCAUAACAGAAUUCUCCAUCCUCACUGUCUAAUCUGACUUGAUCUGUGGUGUGCAUCAAAGGACCUGGCGCUUUCUGUUUUCAGUGGAGACAAUCAGUGUCACGGUCAGUUUCUUCACUUCUCCGAGCGGGAGAAGAAGUUGUUGCUGUACAAUGGUAACGUUACCUCCUUCAGAUGCUUCAAGAAUAAGUGGGGGGUUUAUCUCAGUCUCACAAAGUAUCUUAUCUAUGGGUUUGACUUUAAGCCUCAAAUAUUAAUUAUACUCUUUCUGGUCACACAGAAAAAGAAAGAAAGGAGUUUCUGGUGUGAACAUUUAAAUGGUGUAACAUAAGUUCUGCUGCUGUAGUUUUAAGCGUCCACAUUUCUCCAGGAGAAAAUUCCACAACUGAACCUGCUGUGAGAGGUUUAAACGUUGGUAUUGUUGAACAGCAUUUCGAUAGCCAGGACCGAAACUAAUUACCUGGGAAUACACCAAUAAUCAGGAAAGUAACCCCUCGCGUUUGAACGUGGUCAGUGAAAGCUAUAAAGCCUUUGCAACCUCCUCUGAAAAGAAACCUCUGGCAUAAAUGAAGCUGAGCUGAUCUCCAUGACGUGUUUUGUCCUUUAGUUCCAUAACAAAGUGGGGUGCUAGUUUGAUUAAUACAGUGCCUGAAACGCUUAGAUAGGCUAAUCCUGGCAACAGAGUAGCGUUCGAAAGGAACAAAACUCCCUUAGCCUUGUCGUUACUGUACAAAACAGAAGAUUUCUUGCUGCUACUGCCAUUUGUUGUUGUUGUAAAAUCCUCACCCUAAAAUAUUUUGCACUAAAAUAUGUAAAGGUGAAAGAAAUGCUAACUUUAAAAUGCACAGUUUGUUAUUUUUCCUUAGCUAUUACAGGUGGGUCAGUCCUGCAAAUGGAGAAGCUGUAGAAUGUAUUUUGUUAGGAAGCAGUCUGCAAAUGCAUAGGGGUUUCUCUAACCAUACCUGGAGUGGGUAGAGCCAUUUUUCUGUUCCUACCAAAGCCUGUUCAUCUGAACUGUGGAGUGGAGGUGGGUGGGGUGGUCAUAUUCACAAAAAAAACAUGGCUGAUGUCUGAUUUGAUUAGAAGGGGGAGAUUGGGGUUUUUUUAAUCUAUUUUACUCAUUUUGUAGAAAGGUUUCAGUUAAAUAUAUAGGAAAACUGCUUUAUGAAGCUGGGUUUUUGUGCUGCCAUGUCCUAACAUAGGUGGGGUUUAUUUCUCAAGUUCAUAGAUGUACGAUAAGUUAUUUACCUGACUGACCUGCAGUGGGCAAAAAAAGCCUGAACUCUUUCUCCUGUAGCUGGAAGGGAAAGGCAGCUGGAUCAGGUCACACUCACUGCACUCCUUUUGCUGGUUGAGUUUGAGGCAUAUCAAGGCAGUAUUACAGGCUGGACUUGGGUAUGCUGGAGUUCAAUUUGUACAAAGCUCUUUGCUUUCUGCCAUUCGAGGCCUGGCUUUGUAGUCUCUUUGGUUAUCAACUGUAAAGGCUUUGUUUCGCUAGCUUGCGUUGAGCGCGUGGCUGGUGCCCAGUACACCACGUCCAUGUUACGGGAACGGUGUUCAUGCAUGGGAACAAACUCCUUAACUAACACAGGACUUCACUCGGAUGUGGUUGAAAUCUUGGGAUGCUGAAAUCCUUGGACCUUGAACUGGUAUCUUCUCAAUGAAGACUCUCCAUUUACAGCACAGAAAAACCCCCAAACUUGGGAAGAUGCAUGUUUUAAUUUAAAUUUUGUAACUUUUUGAUAGGAUAAUGAAUAGCUAGCCUUAAUUUUUUUGGCAUUUUAUUAUCUAACUGUGUAUUGUGUACUGUUGUAAAUUCACUUACCAUAUCUCUAGAAUGUUACCUGUUGCUGAAUGCAAAGUUUACUCCGUGGGGUGAAAAAUAUCUUUGAAGGCCUUUCACUUUUCAAGCUCCACCAUCAUAAAUUGACUGUUAGGAAAAUAACAUUUAAAUAAUCUUUAAUCUCCGUGUUAAACAGAAUUUGUUUUGCAGUUCCACAUGGAUUAUUGGAAAAGGAGUCAGGGCAGGCAGAUUUCCUCUAACCUUUGUCCACAUGAAGUCCUCAGAGGAAAAUAUUCAUUCUCCUUCUAUUUUUUUGGCAGUUUGAGUGGCAACUUGCUGAUACACAGGAGCUUGCUCUUUACCUCUGUCUAGAUCUUUCAUCUGAAGAUCCUUUCCCCCCCAGCUCCUGCAGCCUGAUCUCACUGUAAAUUGUACAAACAAGUGAUUGAGUUCUGUUGUGGAAAGACGGAUCAAAUGUAGGGGUGGAAGCCUCUGUGGGUGUUUGGUUAGGUCGCCAGGUGUGGAGGGAGCAUUGUUAAGUAGUCGCAGCUUUGUGAACUGUGCUGAGAUUUGGUGUCAAGCAUGAAAAUAGGUUUGUCUGGGGGGUGGCAGGAACUGGCCUAGGUAUCUACAUGUUUAGACCAAAAAAAAUCGUCUUUAAGUAUUUCUUCCUCUUUUACUACAUCAUAAAUACUGUCCUCAGGUAAAUGAGAAAGGAGAAUUGGGCACAUGAAUUGCAGAGCAAGUGGUUGUCCUCCUCUAUUUGCAACUGAUUCUCAUAAGCAUCCUGCCUGCAGGCCCACAGCCUCUAAGAUUCCCACCUCACAACUUGCUCUUCCUGAGCUCUGGAAGUAGAUUUUUGGCAUCUGCUAAGUGAGCUUUCUUGGGUUAGGACCUUCUAAGUGGAGGAGCCAGCAGCUCUACUUGCAUCCCAGCAGGUACUAGAACUCAGCUCGUUGCAGGAUUUUAUAGCCCUCUGCUGAUGGAACACUGCCAGCAGCCCAGGCAGAUCUGUGGCUAACUGAACCUCAGGUGGUCUUGUGCCCUUGGUUCUUAUGAGGUUCUGCAUCCUGAAUAAAUUCUGCAUCUCACCUGGGUGGGGCUGUCUGGGGAGGGGUUACCAGCCACGGAGAACAUGGCCUGUGUCUCAGCCCAACCUGCAUGCCCAAGGGGCACUCUGCUCUUUACUUUGGUGAAGGGCAGAUGCUGCAGCAUUUGUUCCUUUCUGAUUCCCAUGCACAAAAUGUAGUUCCGUUUUUUUAGGCACUCUGCUGUAUACUUGAGAAUUGUACAUGGCAUGAGAAGAUAGAAUACUGAAGUUGUUAUGACUGAUUAGGUAGAUCCUGAUUUACUGACAUCUUCAAAAGGAAAACUUUGAAUCGAUGCCUGAACUCAAAUUCAGUACUGUGCUGUCCUGAUGAAUGGUGCUCACUCAAAGUGGUUUGUUUGGGUUUUUUUCCCACAGCCUUCCAAAGCUGCAUCCUUUAAUUUUCUUGGUGUGGUUUUGGUUUGUUCUGAAUUAUUUAAGCUAAUAUCCUUUAAAAGUUAAAUCAAUGGGUAUUCAAUAUCAACUUAAUCACAUGGUUAAGAAAUGGUGUCCUCCUAUCCCAGAGAACUUUCUCUGUGAGAACUCCAGGCUAUGUCAGUUUUUCCUUAAAAAAUGUGAAGAUGAGCAGCUUAACCAAGAGAGAGACAAAAAAUGCAUUAAUGUGAUUGCUUUCAUCACACCACAGGGUCUUUCAUGACUGCGGCACCACAAAGGAGGUUUAGAAUGAUUCUCCACCUCAAAAAGUAUCUGUCUUGCAAAUAUUUCAGGGAUGGCUUUGGUACAGGAAAGAUUUGAAUACAAGUUUUUGCAGUUCAAGCACUUAAAUCUGCUUUUAAGUAGCCUGAUUUUCAGAGCUGCUGCAUAGCCACAGUUCCUAGAACCUGAGAAAUGUUUGUCUUCGCUCAAAACCAGGGAACAGACUUCAGUGUGCAAAUAAAUUCAGCAUUAAUAGCUGCCCCUGAACUGCUUCUUUUUGUUUGAUCUGCCGUGGGGAAGUAGGCCAAGCUUUUGAGGCCACUGCAGGAAAAGGCGGUGAGGAGGAUGGUCACUGUGUAGGCAGCUGCAGUUGUAGUUGAAUGCUGACACUGACAAUCUGGUCACUUUACUGCAAAUUCUGUACUUUGGAUCUCCAGAAAUUCUUUGUGUUGAUGUGUCCACACAUACUGCCUGUUCCCAAACUACUCCUGCCAUGGGUGUGGCAGAUACAACACAAGGUCAGGGAAUUAACCUUCCUCAUUCACAGGCAAGCCAAGGCUUGGGUGCCCUGUAGCUUCUCAGUCUUACAAGAUGAGAACAGAUGGAAGGGAAGAAGACAAAAGAAACUUUGCAUUAUUUCUCCAUAUUGCUUACAGAGCUUUUAGUUGUUCUCCAUCCCCUUUCUCUCACCUCAAUCCUGAUACUUCCAUUCCUGUAGCUACUUCUGCACUUCUGGGCAGUCAGUGGUGCCAGAGAAAGAAGACAGCCUCUUAGAUAAGAACAUGUGCAAAACCAGCAGAAAGGAGCAUGGUUGAGCCCAAAGAUACUCAAAGUUUUCAGUAUCUCUUCCACCCUUAGCAAGUUAGGUGGUGAAGCCUCUUUCUUACCAAUUAUCAAACCUAAAAUAAUGCAAAUUACAGAAACUAGAAAGGGACAUUGAGAAAUGUUGAACUGUCAUACCCCAGUUCUCUGUGAGAAAGCCAAGCAGAGUGCUCUUCCCUGCUGAAGCACACCCAGGAGGCACCUCCAGUCUCCUCUUGUCCCAGCAGUUGUUUGAAUGGUUUAUGUUAAAUCCAAACCAAGUUAUUUUUUGCCUUACAGAAAGCAACUGAAAGUCAUGAGAUGGAUGAAUAAGUGGGCUAAGGGUCUCUGUAUGUACAGCUCAUGGAAGUGAACUUGCAGCAGUAGCAGCCACACAACAGGGUUGGGGUCCUUUUUUUGGUCUUGUUUUUGAAAGCAAUUUGAUUUCAUGGCUUUCUGUAGAAUACUGUAAUAAUGCUGCUGUAAAUACAAUAAAAUCACAGUUUGCUGA